AUUAUUCUGUGUCCAUUAUCCAGCACAUGUACACUAUAUUGCCAAAAGUAUUGGGACACCCUUCCAAAUCUUUGGAUUCAGGCGUUCCAAUCACUUCCAUGGCCACAGGCAUGCAGGCUGCUUCUACAAACAUUUGUGAAAGAAUGGGUCGCUCUCAGGAGCUCAGUAUAUUCAAGCGUGGUACUGUGAUAGGUUGUCACCUGUGCAAUAAGUCCAUCCAUGAAAUUUCCUUGCUACUAAAUAUUCCACAGUCAACUGUUAGUGGUAUUAUAACAAAGUGGAAGCAACUGGGAACAACAGCAACUCAGCAAUGACGUGGUACGCCAUGUAAAAUGACAGCGCUAAUUCAGCGCACUGUGUGCAGAGUCAAUGUCUGCAAAGUCGCCAGCUGUCUGCAGAGUCAAUAGCUAAACACCUCCAAAUUUCUUGUGGCCUUUAGAUCGGCACACCAGUGAGUAGAGAGCUUCAUGGAAUGGGUUUCCAUGGCCAAGCAGCUGCAUCCAAGCCUUACAUCACCAAGUACAAUGCAAAAUGUCGGAUGCAGUGG